UACCGGACUGUACUCACUUUGAGAAGUCACCUUCGCGCUCUACCGGGGACCCGCGCCCCACUUCUCUCCACCCUGAGCGCACGUUACCGUUUCAGUGUGACGCAUAGUUUAUAGAUCUAUCUCGCAGGACGAUCUCUUUCGCAAGUUAGUGUGAUUAACGAUUUAUCGCUGUUUGAAUUUGCUCAGCGGGCGCAAUGAUGACAUCUGUAGUGUGGGAUGAUCUUCAUGUGGCUGCCGGGUAGUUGGAGAGUCCCGUUGUGAAGUAGCCUGCGCCAACAGCGCGUUCACCGAGUGGGCUCUCUCCUGAAGGACAGACGCAGGUCACUGCCGUCCUAAUCGCCAGCGGGUUCGGUGCUCCGGGACUCUUUUUUUUUUUGUUCUGCAAGGAGACAUGGGCUGCUCUCCCAUGAUGCUUCAGUGUGCGUUGUGAGGCUCAGUGCAUUGUGAGAGAUGAGUUCAGAGGAGAAGAGCACCAGCAUGUCCCAGAAGAUCUCGUCACCGUCACUUAGCAACAGUAGCUCCUCCUCCAAACAUGACAGCCGACAGGACAGCUGGGAGAUUGUGGACGGAAUGCGAGGGGGUGUGGGAGACUGCAGUGGGUCUGCUCAGGAGCCUCCGAGGCAGGAGGGCUACGUGCUCAAGAAGAGGAAGUGGCCGAUGAAGGGCUGGCACAAGAGGUACUUCCUCCUGGACAAGGGAAUUCUGAAGUACAGCAAGUGUGCUGCUGAUAUGGAGAGGGGGAAACUGCAUGGGUGCAUUGAUGUGGGGCUGUCAGUAAUGGCAAUUAAGAAGAAAGCCAAGUGCAUCGAUCUGGACGCAGAAGAAAAUAUUUACCACUUAAAGGUGAAGUCUCAGGAGCUUUUUGAGGAGUGGGUGCACCAGCUGAGGCAGCAUCGUCUCUUCCGGCAGAAUGAGAUUGUCCUGUCGCCGCUGCAGAAAGCACACUCCCACACACACACACACACACCCUCGUCCCCCACCUCCAACACACACACCACCAGCACUAAGCGGGCUAAUCUUCCUGGCCAGUCAUCUCUCUCUGCAGGAUGCAGCAGUCAGGCCAAAGUAGCCGCCUGGCUACAGACCUCCGACGACAUGGACCGCUGCUCUAAAGAGUUGUGUGUGUGCGAGACCCAGCUGGCAGAUCUGAGUAAUCUGCUUCAGAGUAUGGAGGUGUUGCAUAGAACCUACUCUGCCCCCGCCAUCAACGCAUUGCAGGCCUCCACGUAUGACAGCCCAAAGAAGGAGAAGAGAUCAACCAGGAAGUGGCGAUCGAAAGAGUCAAAAAGCACCCUACAGGUGCCUAGCUGUAUAUCGUCGUUACGUCUUCACUCGUCCAAUCCCAACCUGUCAUCUGUGGAUCUGACCAAUGAGAAGGCUUAUGGUUACACAGAGCCGCUUGACACCCACGAUGACGUGGCCAGACUGCAGGAGGAGUUCUGCCGAAUCGCAAGCAGCUUGCACAGCAGUAUGACUCUGGCUGUAGGACUACUGAAGACAGAAAAGGAGCGACUGCAGCAAAUUGUGGAACAGGAGCUGCCUAGUCACGCCCCCAACUCCCAGGUGCUGGGUCUCAAGAGCGCACUCACAGCGGCGUUGGUUCACAACUCUGAGCUGUGUGAGCGUCUAAGUCGGAUUCAUGCUGAGUCGCGUCUAUCCGAGUCCUCGGUGGUCAUACACACACCCCGCGCACAGGAGCAGGACUCUCCGCAAGUUUCCAGACCGCUGGUGCACCAGCUCUCCAGCGACAGCCGAGCGUCCAUCUCCGAGUCACUCACCGAGUUCUUCGACGCCCAGGAGGUGCUACUCUCAGCUAGCUCCUCAGAAAACGAGGGUUCGGAAGAUGACUCGUACAUCAGUGACAUCAGUGAUAACAUGUCUAUGGACUUCAGCACCGUAGCAGAAGGGGAGAGGGAACCACACAGAACAGGCGGUGGCGGUGAGAGUAGCGCCCCCCUGUGGCCUCUGAGGAGAGCGCACCUGCCGGCUACCAGCCCCAGCACCAGCAGCGUCAGCCUCUGGAACAUCCUGAAGAACAACAUCGGGAAGGAUCUGUCCAAGGUGGCCAUGCCGGUCCAACUCAACGAGCCACUCAACACGCUGCAGCACCUGUGUGAGGAGCUGGAGUACAGCGAGCUGCUGGACCGCGCCGCACACACACACGACCCCUACCUACGCAUGGUGUACGUGGCGGCGUUUGCAGUGUCUGGCUACGCAUCGAGCUAUUUCCGUGCGGGGGGGAAGCCCUUUAACCCAGUGCUGGGGGAGACCUACGAGUGCCAACGGCCAGACAAGGGCUUCAACUUCAUGGCCGAGCAGGUUAGUCAUCAUCCCCCUGUCUCAGCGUGCCAUGCCGAGUCCAAAAACUUUACCUUCUGGCAAGACAUGCGUUGGAGGAACAAGUUCUGGGGGAAGUCCAUGGAGAUCGUUCCUGUAGGCACGACCCAUGUAAUACUACCAGGGUUUGGGGAUCACUAUGAGUGGACUAAGGUGACGUCCUGCAUCCACAACAUCCUGAGUGGCCAGCGUUGGAUUGAACACUACGGGGAGAUCACCAUCAGGAACUCCAGCAGUGAUCUCUGCCACUGCAAAAUCACCUUCCUCAAGGCUAAGUACUGGAACUCGAGUGUGAACGAGGUCCAGGGGUCAGUGCUAGACCAGCGGGGGAAGGCGGUCCACUCUCUGUUUGGGAAAUGGCACGAGGCUCUCUAUUACGGAGACUCACCCUCCGCCACCUGCGUCUGGAGAGCCAACCCUAUGCCUGCGGAUCAUGAGUUGUACUACGGCUUCACUAAGUUUGCCAUCGAGCUGAAUGAACUGACUCCCAGCAUGAAAGCAAUGCUGCCCCCUACUGACACACGACUGCGCCUGGACCAGAGGCUGUUGGAGGAAGGUCAUGUUGAGGCUGCAGAAGAGCAGAAGCAGCGGAUUGAACAGCUACAGAGAGAACGUCGUCACGUACUGGAGGAGAACCACCUCUCACACACACCCCGCUUUUUCCAGAAGUGUAAGGACGAUACCUGGGUCAGCAAUGGCACGUACUGGGAGCUGCGCAAAGACGGCUUUAGUCGCUUGGACUGCCCCGUGCUCUGGUGACCUCUGACCGCUGGACUGCCCUGUGGUCUGGUGACCUCUGACCCCUGGACUGCCCCGUGGUCGGGUGACCUCUGACCCCCGGCUUCAGCCAUCUACCUGGAAACCUCUGCUCACAUCUACAGUUUUGACACAGAGCGAACACGCGGACACACACACACACACACACACGGCAGGACUGAAUGGACCUCUGGACUGAUGUUAUUCGCCGAAACAGCCCAAAUAGGACCACUGUGUGUGCUGUCCAACCAGUGAUCUGUUCAACACACACACACACACACACACACACACACACACACACAC